CCUUCCCUUCCCUUCCCUUCCCUUCCCUUCCCGACAGCCACCGCGCCUUGCCUGACCUGCGUUCAACACGCCAGUUUACGGACUGUGACGGGAGGUGACAGAUAAAGACGGCCUCGGACGCUGCAAAAGGCAAAAAAAAAAACAUCCUUCAGCAUGGCGUCUAUAACCCCCGUCUCGGACACCAAGACCCCGGAAAAGAAGGCCGACAUGUUCGACAGCCCGGACCCAGUGUCGCAAUCCCAGUCUGACGAUGAAGUGGGCGAAGUGCGACAUGCGGCCCUGGGCGACUACGAGAAACAAAAGGCGGCCGAGGGCGAGGCCCAUUUCCACCGCCUCGGCUGGAAGCGCCUCACCAUCGUGCUGAUCGUGACGGCGGUCGCCCUGGGCAGCCUCAGUCUCCCCGGCGCCUUCGCGACCCUGGGGAUGGUGGCCGGAGUCAUCAUCACGGUAGGGAUCGGCCUCGUCGCCCUGUACGCCAGCUACGUGAUCGGCCAGAUGAAGCUCAAGUACCCGGACAUUUCGCACUACACCGACGUGGGCCGCAUGAUGUGUGGCCGGUUCGGCUACGAGUUCAUCAGCGUCAUGUUCGUCCUGCAGCUCGUCUUCACGACCGGCUCCCACGUCCUGACGGGCGCCAUCAUGUUCGGCAACCUGUCGGAAAACGGCGCCUGCACCGUCGUCUUUACCGUCGUCUCGGGCAUCAUUCUGUUCCUCGUCGCCAUCCCGCCCAGCUUUGCCGAGAUGGCCAUCCUCGGGUACAUCGACUUCGCGUCCAUCAUCGCCGCCAUCUUCAUCACCAUCAUCGCGACCGGCGUCCGCGCCGGCGACUUGCCCGGCGGCGUCGGGUCCGUUGCCUGGUCCGCGUGGCCAAAGGAGGACCUGUCGCUGGCGGAAGCCUUCAUCGCCAUCAGCAACAUCGUCUUUGCCUACAGCUUCGCGCUGUGCCAGUUCAGCUUCAUGGACGAGAUGCACACCCCCAAGGACUACGACAAGGCGGUCGUGACGCUCGGCGUCUUUGAGAUCUUCCUCUACACCCUCACGGGCGCGCUCGUGUACGCGUUCGUCGGUCCCGACGUCCAGUCGCCCGCCCUGCUCUCGGCGGGACCCUUGGUGUCUAAGGUGGCGUUCGGCAUCGCGAUUCCCGUCAUCUUCAUCUCGGGCAGCAUCAACACGACGGUGGUGGCUCGCUACAUCCACGGGCGCGUGUUCAGGAACUCCAUUAUUCGCUACGUCAACACGCCCAUGGGCUGGGCCACGUGGAUCGGCCUGGUUGCCGCCCUCACCGUGCUCGCGUGGGUCAUUGCCGGCGCCGUCCCCUUCUUCUCGGACCUGCUGGCAAUCUGCUCCUCGCUCUUCGUGUCGGGCUUCAGCUUCUACUUCCCCGCCAUAAUGUGGUUCAUGUUCAUUAAAGAGGGCAAGUGGUACGAGCGGAAAAACUGGGCUUUAACAGCUGCCAAUGCUAUCACCUUUAUCGUGGGCAUUGCCGUGCUCGGUGUCGGGACAUAUUCUGCCAUCUGGGACAUCAACCAUCGGUACAAGACCGGGAUGGUUUCGGACCCCUUCAGUUGUGCGCCCCUUGCGUGAGGCGUCUCCAGCUCGUUUCUCUACAUUUCGGGGAGGUUUUGGGGGGGGUUUGGAAGAGCACUGCAGCAGAUACGCAUCGCGCCAGAGGUCCAUUCAGGCAAUGGCAACUCGACCCUUUCAUGGACUCAUGAUUGACAGACUUUGAUGAGGCAUGCAUUCGGAGCAUUGCUAGGAGUAGAUGGUCAACGGUGUCUGGUGUUUUGGAUUCUCAGCAUCAUAGCGAGCUCGCGUCGGGAGGAGUUGUUUUAGCUAUUAGACAGCGAAUUUCUGAAAAACGCCAUGUUCGGCUUUCUCUUCGCU